AUGAUUUUCCAUUCAUUUUCAGGUGAACUUCAGAGAAUUGGUGAUAGGAGGAAGGCUCAAUAUAUGUUAGACUGGAGGAAAGCAGCAUUAUAUCCUGAUUGGAGGAAAGAAGAGUUCCAGGCUGUAAACGUGACCCUGGAUGCAGACACUGCCCAUCCUGCCCUCUUCCUGUCUGAACAGAGACGUGUAACCUGGCAAGAAGAGAGGCAGGAUCUUCCUGCCUCCCCACAGAGAUUUGAUUCUCUUCCCUGUGUGCUGGGUCAGCUGAGUAUCACUUCCGGGAGAUACUACUGGGAGGUAGAUAUUGGGGACACAGUUUCCUGUGAUCUGGGAAUCUGUAGGGACAAUGUAACAAGGAAGGGGCAAGUCACACUAUCCCCACAAAAUGGUUUCUGGGCCUUCAGGAUUUAUGAGGGGGAGUAUUGGGCUCUCACUUCCCCAGAAACUCAUCUUACUCUGAGACAGAACCCCCGUAGGGUGGGGAUAUUCCUGGAUUAUGAAGAUGGAGAUGUGUCAUUCUAUAACAUGACAGAUGGAUCCCAUAUUUACACCUUUACCCAAAAUGUAUUCCAAGGUGCCUUAAGACCUCUUUUCGGGCUUUGGAAGUCUGACAAAGGCAACUUGACCAUUGUCCACUGA